GCCUGACAGCUGUCAAAGAAAUGUCAGCAAGGACGGGGCGAGAAAAAAACAUCACACUCACACACACUCUGUGCAAGUUUUUUCUACCAUCAUAAAAUUCUAGAUUUUGUGCAUUAGUUCUAACUUUUGAUAACAGAAACAGUCGUAAACUAACAAUGACGACCAAGGUGGCAGCUAAGAAGUUUAAAUGGGCGCUAGAUUUCAACACCAAACCGCGCAGCAGUGGAUCCGACAUUGCAGCACCACCCGGGUACAAUCCGUCGGCGGACGUGAUUAGCAGCAAGGUGGUCAACCAGACCGACCAGAGCCACCUGAUCCUGAAGAAGUCGUGGGAGAUUGCACUCGGUCCGAUCAAGCAGUUCCCCAUGAACCUGGUCAUCAUGUACAUGUCGGGCAAUUCUAUCAGCAUCUUUCCGAUCAUGAUGGUGGUGAUGAUGUUUAUCCGGCCGGUCAAGAUGAUGCUGUCGACGCAUUCCACGUUCAAAGUGAUUGAAGGCAUUUCCGCCACCGGACAGAAGCUGGUGUUUCUGCUGGGCAACCUUGUUAACAUUGGGCUGGCGCUUUACAAGUGCCACAGCAUGGGCCUGCUUCCGACGCAUGCGUCCGAUUGGCUCGCGUUCGUCGAGCCGCAAAGAAGGUUGGAAUAUUCCGGCGGCGGCAUCUCGUUACUCUGAGCCGGCGGCACAACCAUCCACGCGACACCCUGGAGUGCAUUUUUGUGAAACAACUUUGUAUUUAUUUUUCACUACCACAUAGAGGAUGGUGAGAGGGGUAACAAUAAAAAGACGUAAAGCAUAUACAAUGAACGAAACCAGGUGAAUUUGGUGACAAACAAAAA